AUGACCAUCGAUGAUGCAAAGGAGCGAAGAAGAAACGAUCCGCAAGCGAAACGAGAAAGGGAAUGGUUUGCGGAGAAGAAGAUACAAGUGCAUCGCAUAAAGGACGCAAUAGUGAGGGCUAGGGCAGAGCUGGUGAGGCAGAGAGAACGGAGACCAAGGACUGAUAAGGAUAGGCGCAAUGCACAAAUUCUUGGCACUAGCAACGCAGCGGAGCUGGAGCGCAUAGCUAUAGAAAAUGAGCAAAGACUAGAAAUAGUUGAGGAAAGAAUCCAGCUGCGAAAACAGGAAAUUAGAAGGAAAAAGCUGAGAAAAGCAUUCUAUGCUCAACCGUCGCUUAGGGUUCUUAAAAAGCUUACGGUUCUUAAAAAUGGAAAAAUACCGAGGAUUGACCGGCCGGGAGCAGACGAGAUUGAGAGGUUCUGGGAGCCUAUAUUAGGACGGGCAAAAGAAUCAAAGCCGCGCGAAUGCGAGUACCUACGAGAAUGGGAGGAAACGUUGCGAUUGGAAUAUCAUGAGUUUUCCAUCAGUGAGGCGCGGGUUGAGCAGGAACUUCAGAAAGGGAUAAGACACAUGAAGCCCAGGAAGGCUCCAGGACCAGAUGGAAUCCAGGCCUUCUGGUGGAAGAGCAUUCCAGGAGUUUCCGCGCUACCGAGUAAAGUAGGAGCGAAAAUUAUUCUUUUAGGUAAGUGGCCAUUAGACUGGCUAGCGCAGGGUAGAACAGUGCUAAUAUAUAAGAAAGGGGAUGCCAAGAACCCCAGCAAUUACAGGCCUAUAACAUGUCUGAACACAUGUUAUAAGGUCCUCACAACGGCGAUCAAUGCACUACUUCUAAAACACCUAGAAGGAGUGAGCGAUUUUACAAGAGAACAGCGCGCUAACAAAAAAGGAGAAGGGGGGUGUCUACAUGCGUCGCUAAUAGAUAGGGCUAUAGUAAAGGAUGCGCAGGUAGGUAAAAGACACCCUCUGAGUGUAGCAUGGCUUGACUAUAAGAAAGCGUUUGACUUCAUUCCGCACGCAUAUAUUAAGUGGCUACUUAGAGCAGUUAACGCGGCUAGGUUUAUUCUGAGGUUUGUAGAUAGGGCUACGGACAGAUGGGGGACAACUUUUCAUUCUCAAAACGCCAUCACCAGGAAGAUUCCAGUAAAAAAUGGAAUCUUUCAAGGCGACUCACUGUCUCCCACUCUGUUUGUUUUAGCCGUAGGGCCGCUCUCGUACGCCCUGAAUCGAUUUGGACCUAGGAUGGAGACGAGUUUUGGAAGGACAACAGGUAGGACGCUUCAAUGCAACCACCUGUUUUAUAUGGACGAUUUGAAACUUUUCGCUAGGGGUACGGAGCAAUUAGGUAAGUUACUGAGCAUAGUUAGGUCAGUUUCUUCAGUCUUAGGAUUAGAACUAAAUUUAGAUAAAUGCGCUAAAGCGGAAUAUAUCCCCGGUGGUGGCAGGGUAGCACCCAGUCUGAUGGGUAUUAGAGAAUUAGGAGAAGCGCGUACUUAUAGGUACCUAGGGAUUGAGCAGCACUUUAAAAACACCGGGGAUGGGUAUAAUCUUUUAGUAGCAGAAGCUAAAGCCGAAGUAAGACAAAUCCUCAGCACAGACCUUAGUUUAGGGCAAAAGAGGCUGGCGCUGUCAUCGAUCGUCGUAGCCAAAAUGUCGUACUUUUAUAUGAUGACAGCGGGCGGCAAAACGAAGCUAGUUGACUCACUUAAGGCAGCCACGCAGUUAGACACUGAGAUUAGGGCGAUCUUAUCGGAGGAGAUGGCCAUAUAUGCCAAAUCAUGCACAAGCCGUGUCUACCUAGCCGCAGAGGAAGGGGGACACGGAUGGCCUUCGAUGAAGGACGAGCUGGAAAAUCAGGUGGUGGCGUUCUACGCUUAUCUAGCUAGUAUGCCAGAGCUAAGGCCUAUAUGGUAUUUUAAUGAGGCCACGCGUAAGAGCGGCAAGCGCAGCAUUAAUACGGACGUUAGGGAAAUACUAGCUAGGUACGAGGUAGAAGUAUCAGGUGGUAACCUGUGCUUUUACGGCGAUAGGGACUUUCUUAAUCAGCCGCGCAAUUUAAGAAAGUAUUUAGUUAACAGGAUUAGGGAGUAUAGGGCAGCGGAGCGCAUACUGCAGUGGCGUAGUAAGGAGGUGGCAGGAAAGGUUCACCGAAUGGAGAACCUAAACCACUACCUCAGCUUUAGAUGGCUGAAACGUGGCUGCAUAAGCUCGCAGAAUGCUAGGAUAGCUUUAGGUAUACAAGAGCAUAAUAUUCUUACUAGGGCUAGCGCAGCAGCUGCAGCAAUAAGGAGAUCUUUAGGUAGUAACCAAUCUAGUCUUUGUAGGCAAUGUGGUAAGAGGGAGGAGACCGUUGAGCACGUAGUAUCAUCAUGUAGUAAGUGGCUCUCCAACCUUUAUGUAGAAAGGCGCGACGCGGCUUUGAGGGUAGUCUACUAUCACUUGGCGACUAGAUACGGGCUUCCUACUGUACAUUACAGUCAGGAGCUCCCCGAUCAGGCGAAAAGUGAUAGCGCUGAGCUUCUCUGGAAUGUAGCCAUCCAGACGCAGCGGUUAAUGGACCACCGAAAGCCAGAUCUCGUUUUAAUAGAUAGCAAGAAUAAGCAAAUAUAUGUAGUUGAGAUUUCGGUGGCCAGCGCAGUAGGGAUUGAGCAGCAACAUAACAUUAAGUUUAAUAGGUAUGUUGUAAACUCGAGGAAGCAGGAGGACGAAACGAAGACGCCGUACGAGAGGGGUCCCAAGCUGGUGGACGACAUGCGACAAAGGUACAAAAUGGACGUAAGUUUUAUUCCUAUUGUUAUUGGCACCACCGGGGAAAUCAGUUAUCGAACGACGAAAGCGUUGGAGCAACUGCCGGGAAUGAAUCGGAGAAAACUAGAGGACGUCGCCGAAAGACUUUCGAGGGCUGUAGUAAUCAACACAGCACGAAUAGUGAAGAACCACUUGGCUAAAAAAUAA